GAGGGGGCAGUGUGCCAGACCGGAUCCUUCAUGAGGGAAGGAGCCAGGGACAUCCAGCCAUCCCCGGCUUCUUUUUUCCUUAGCCAACAUAAUUAUUGCACUGUUUUGCAAGCCAAGAAGCCCGAACAAGGGCCUGUAAUAGUGCUCGUAGGAUGUCCCGUCAUGAAGGAGUGAGCUGUGAUGCGUGUUUAAAAGGCAACUUUAGAGGACGGCGAUACAAAUGUUUAAUUUGCUAUGACUACGACCUGUGUGCAUCAUGCUAUGAGAGUGGAGCCACGACAACCAGACACACUACGGAGCAUCCCAUGCAGUGUAUUUUGACCCGGGUUGACUUUGAUUUGUACUACGGCGGUGAGGCCUUCUCAGUAGAGCAGCCGCAGGCCUUCACGUGCCCCUACUGUGGCAGGAUGGGCUACACGGAGAUCUCGCUUCAGGAGCACGUGGCCGCCGAACACACAGAAACGUCCACAGAAGUGAUCUGUCCCAUAUGUGCAGCUCUGCCGGGCGGGGACCCGAAUCACGUGACAGACGACUUUGCAGCUCAUCUCACACUGGAACACAGAGCCCCAAGGGACCUGGACGAGUCGAGUGGGGUGCGCCACGUGAGGAGGAUGUUCCACCCGGGUCGCGGUCUGGGCGGGCCCCGGGGCCGGCGCUCCAACAUGCACUUCACCAGCACCACCACCGGGGGGCUCUCCAGCAACCAGAGCUCCACGCAGAGCUCCAACUACAGCCGAGAGGCCAUGGACCCCAUAGCAGAGCUCCUCUCCCAGCUCUCGGGGGUGCGUCGCUCGGCGGGCGGCCAGCUGAGCUCCGGCCCCUCGGCCUCCCAGCUGCAGCAGCUCCAGAUGCAGCUGCAGCUGGAGCGGCAGCAGGCGCAGGCCGCGCGCCAGCAGCUGGAGACGGCCCGCAACGCCACGCGGGGCAGCGGGCGCACCAACGCCGUCCUCAACGCCAACUCGGCCGCCAACCCCGGCAACAGCGCCAACCACAACCCCAGCCCCAGCCCCAACCCGGGACCCCCUGAGACCAGCGUGCUGCCCAGUGCGCACAGCUCCCAGUUCCUACUCAGCAGGCUGAGCGAACCGCGGCUCUCAGAGGCGGAGCGGCAGGCGUGCGAGGCGCAGUGGGCGGACCGCAGCCUGUUUGUGACGGAGCUGCUGCUGUCCACGCUGCUGGCCGACCAGGACGCCUCGGCCACGUCCUCGGAGGACGACGAGGACGACGCCGGGCGCCACCACCGCCACCAGCACCACGCCGGGCCCUUGCGGAACUUCAGCGACUUCCAGGCCAUGGGCUGCGUGGAGGUCAUGACCCUGGACGUGGCGCUGGAGAACCUCAACCUGAAGGAGACUGCGCCCGCCGCCACCAAGACGUCGAAAAGCACGACGAAGACCACGGCGUCCAAGAAAGAGCCCCCCGCCCCACCGCUUUGAUGACAUGGCCGCCGGAAAGUCCCCCCCCCCCCCGGAACGCACCUGACCCCCGACCUCGCCCCCUCCCCCUCCCCCCGUCCUCCAUAAACGACCAUUGUAACUGGCCGACCGACGUGUUUGACCAACUGCCAAUGGAUGAUAUAUAUAUAUAUAUAUAUAUAUUAAAGAAAAAAAGACUGCGGCUCUUUACGGCUUUUUUUUUUUCUCAGUGAUUGUCAUUUCAGCUGUCGCUCCUGGAUCACCCCUCGCCCGCCCGCCCCCCCUCCCUCCCUCCCCCUCACUUUUAUUACGUUUGUGUACAUUGACUUACAAAAGUAGCGAGACGCGAGAAUGUGCUAAAAGUGUGUAAGCGAGACGGGUGAGAGCGAGCGAAGGGGUGGGGGGAGAAAAUUUAAACUAUAUAUGAAUAUAUUAUAGAAAAUCUAUACGAAAUGUUGAUAAUCAAUUCCACGUAACCCAUGUUUCCUCCAGCAGAUGAGUGAGCAAAGUCAUGCGAACACACACACACCUCACCUCACCCCAGGGGGGACGGAGAAGAUCGACAACCUCUCCCACCUAAAAAAAAAAAAAAAAAACUGACGCUGCUGUGUAUUUAUAGUUAUUAAUAAAGUAAAUGCUUGGUUGGUUGGUUUACCAAAACGUCAGCAUGUGCUUAAAUCACCAUGUGCCCAUUGUUAACAGGAGAGGUCUCGCUCCACUCUGUACCGCCCCAAGCAAAUCCCUAAAGGUGUUGAAAGCCACAUCAGUGACCAUUCUGCCUCACACACGCGCGCUCGGACUCUUGGUCGAGUUUGGUUCCAGUCAUAUCAAGUCCUGAUCCCAAAGUCCCUGGCCUGUGACGUAUGUAUUUGGUCGGGCGACCCUGCUUUGUAUCAGCCGUUGGGCACCUUUUUGAAUUGCAUAUUCACUCACGUGUUCAUCCUGUAUACACUACAAACGCUUAGAGAAAAAAGGCAACUAUACAACCAAGGCAGAGGAGAGAUCCGUAGUGCGUUAACAUAAAUCUCCUUCAGUGUGACUGUUUUCAGGCCUUUUAUAAUAUGGAGCGACAACCUGGUUGUGAUACAGUAGUUCUUUCUGUUAAAUUUUGUUUUGUUUUUCUUUCUUAAGACCAGAUGCUAGUCUCCAGCCUCCUGUGAUCUGAAAUUAACCCUCUCUCUCUCCAUUGCUCAUGAAUGCAAAGAUAAUGAAACGUGACUUAAUGGAGAGAACCCUGUAUGCUCUUUCCAUUAAUUUCUAAGUUUAAAAAAAGACCUUUGUACGCCUCCACUGCUACCUUAAGAAAUGCAAUGUUUUUGGCCUGGGACACAAGCCAAAUGACAGGGUAAACCUUUCAAGUUGGAGGACAAUAAAAACGUUUUGGAUGGAAAUUAACGAACAAUCCAGAUUGUAUUGAGUCGUUUUUGUUUAUAAAAGGCUAUGCCCCACAAAAACUAUUAAAUACCUACUACUAGAAAAUACCUACACAAACUGAAAUAAUAUUUCUGUAUUCUUAACCAUAAAUUCAAGGAGUAGCCUUUUGAUUGAAUGAUGUGUAUCUGUAGUAAUCGAAGAUCUCUAAAGUUGUUGGAAAGCGAAUCCAAAGUAAUGUUAUGCCAAGCCAAAAUGGUCAAAACAAUCAUAACGGAUGAGAUCAAUAAGCUAGACCUUUAAACAUUUCUAUUUUUUUUUACAGAAACUAAUAAUUCGUUGUGCAGUUGGUAUUGGUGCGUUAUAAUGUAGGCCUGCGACAGUAGCGUAUGUACUUGCAGCUGAGUCAGUCAAACCUCGACGUCAUGAAAUCCUCAGUUUGUUCCAGCCGGUUGCUGGCAUCAUCAGAUCCAUACAUCAGAAUCCAUCGCGGGAUUUUUUUUUUCGUUUUGUUGCCCUUUUGAGUGGUCAAGAGAGCUAUGUAAAGUCCUGAAUAAACUUGCAGAACGUAUCCUAAUUAAAACUCUGUUUUGCCACGUCUUAAGUAAGAAACACUGCCAUUGACAUUUUUAGGAUCCUAUCCUUCCGAAAUGGAUGAAUUCGUUAUCAAAUAUUGAAUGUAAAUUACUUAAAUAUCAAAUCAAAGUAUUUUAUAUUGAAGUCAUUCACAUUUGAUAUUGCAUCUUUAUUCAGGUUUAAUAUUUAACCUGUAGGCUAACUUGGGGUAAAAUAUUUUUUACCCAACAAACUUUAACAGCCUUUUUUUUAGGCUGCUAAUUAAGGUAAAAUGCGUCCCACCUGUCCUCCACUUAUUGAGACUUAAUUAAAGGGGCAAUGAAGGGGGACCUGAAUGAAAAUAACCUGAAGCACUAUUUUAUAGGCUCUUUCGGUCCAAAAUAGUCAAACAAACAAAGGGCACGACAGCGACACAAUAAUGGACUCAACAGCAGUAUUCUUUGUAAUUUUAAUUCCCAUAAUUUAAUUAGUUUAAAUGCAGACAUUUCAUCACUAAAAUUUAAAUAAAACAUUACAGUACAAUAUAUGCAAAUCAGACGAGCUUCAAGAUGUUGCUGAAGCCCAGGCAAUUUUUUCGACUUUUUAUUUUUGUACUUUUUUUUUGUUGUUUAAAUCUGAGGACUGGACAGAUUAAUAGCGAACAGUAAAGAGACAACACGGAGCUGUAAAGCCUGCAGACCAGCCAAGGAGCACAUUCUAGAACAAAACAUACCAGAAUACUAGCUAGAGACAGCACACAACAACCCUGCUAGGUGUUGCUACCUUUUACAUGAAGGUCAAAAUGGACGCUCCUCCACCACACUGAUCACUGUGGUGAUCUGGCCACGCUGUAAUGGCGACACUACAGCGCUUAAAGUGGACACAACCUCAAAGAGAUGGAAGUGGCGUUGCACCUUCACAAGGAAAAAUGAUUUUGUUGCACUUUCAGGAAGAGGGAAUUAAAAUCAAGGAAGAGAUGGCGCGUUCUACUCCUACACAGUGAACUAAAAACAUACGGCUACAGUGCAACAGAAGCAUGCCAACUCGUUUACCGGCAGAUCUAACCUCGUAUAUACUGAUUUACACUUUAUGAGUUGGAUUAUUGGUCUGAGAUGCUGUCCCUCUGUCAGUACUCGAUCCAUUUUGGCCUAUCAGCACUGAGAAUGCAUGGGAAGAAUGACAAGAGCGUGUUAGCAAGGGGGCGUCUGCGGAGCUCAGUGAUGGAUGCAUGACCCGGACCCUGGUAUCGUUUAGAGGAAACCCGUCUUGUGGGCGAGAGUCUAGGGAGUGGAGGGGGGCCGAAUUGAAUCACUACUUAACCCCGACAACGCUGCCAUGGAAACCCAUACAGAAUUUAUUUGUAGUAUUCAUAUAGAAUACUUUUUUUUUGUUUUCACCAUUGUAAGAUGGUGGCGGCAUAGUCGACUUGAACUAGCAGUCGACGAGGUUGCAUGGCAACAGUAACAGUAUAUGCCAUGAAUUUACCUCGCAAGGGCUAUGGUUAAUCGAAUUCGCAAAGUUGAGUCAAUCAUGAGUUUUCAAUCAUGGGCCCCAACAGCAUGCAGGUUUCAUAGCGAGACUAAAUUGGUUAGCCUCGAUACCUUCAGCUCCUCCGUUGCAUAACUGACCCUCUACCCUGUGACCCUUACAGAAACUUCUUGUGUUUAACAUGUAAAAAUGGAUCUCUACCACAAAGUCAAUGCAUCCCCCACUGGAUAACACUCGCUCUUGAAAAGGAAGAAAAAAAAAGAAGGUAUGAGCUUUAAGACUGAGGUCGGCCCUUCGGAGAGAUGGGGG